AUGUCUGGAAUCGUAUAUGCGAGCUCUUGGGGCGCAGCUUUGGUAAGGAUCUCGCCGUACACUUUCUCGGCAAUCGGAAUCGCCAUCUCGAUCGGCGUCUCAGUUCUCGGUGCCGCCUGGGGAAUUUACAUUACGGGAAGUAGUUUGAUCGGUGCGGCCAUUGAAGCUCCUCGUAUUACUUCGAAGAAUCUCAUCAGUGUAAUCUUUUGCGAAGCUGUAGCUAUAUAUGGCGUUAUUGUUGCAAUCAUACUGCAAACGAAGUUGGAGAGUGUCCCAUCUACAAAGAUGUAUGACGCCGAGUCUCUUAGAGCUGGAUAUGCAAUCUUCGCAUCUGGAAUCAUUGUUGGAUUCGCCAACCUUGUUUGCGGGUUAUGUGUAGGAAUCAUUGGAAGCAGUUGCGCAUUGUCUGAUGCUCAGAACUCCACACUCUUUGUAAAGAUUCUCGUGAUCGAGAUCUUCGGGAGUGCUCUCGGGUUGUUUGGAGUUAUUGUGGGAAUCAUUAUGUCUGCACAAGCGACAUGGCCAACCAAAUAG